UGCGCGGCCCCGUAUGGCUCCUACGGCGUUCCGACCACUAGACGCCAACAUAGCAGAGGAGGAGAGAAAGAAGAGAUGGCGGCAGUAGUGAGCGGAGCGGCUGGGGGAAGAGCGCGAGGCGACUGGAAGGCUGCAGAGGCGCCGCGAGGGCGCCGUCUCGACUUAUAACCGCCCUUUCGCAUCCCCCCCCCACCGGAAAGGGAGCCCCUCUUCCUGCGCCCGAGCGGUCCCCGAUCCAGCUCCGUUGGGGGGCCCGACCGGCCUCGCGGAAGGUCCCGGCGGUGAGAGUCGGUGUUAUUAUGCCUCGCUCCUUGUUGCGUCUCCAGAGCGCCGCCGCCCCCCGGGGCUGAUGCUGAAACUCCUGCUGGCUCCGGCCGCCGCUUCUGCCGCCCCGUAGCCCGGCGGGAAAGGAGGGCUUCUCCAGCCAUGUAUUUCCUGAGUGGGUGGCCGAAGAGGCUGCUCUGCCCCUUGGAGGCUCACGAGCCCCCGCUCCGCAUCCGGGCCGACCCGCAGAGGACUUUGUUCGCCGUGUUGUCCCCGUCUCAGCUGAGCAUCUGGUACAGCCGGCCCAGUGUGUUAAUUGUAAGCUAUAAAGAAUUACCAAAAGCAGCAUCGCAAUUUGGACCUUAUGACCAAGCUGAAUGGAGACCUGACAGUACCAUGCUAGCUAUUUCGACUGCAAAUGGAUAUAUCUUGUUUUUUAAUCUUCUGUCUGCAAGAGACAAGUAUCUUUAUGAACCGAUUUAUCCCAGAGGAAGCCCACAUAUGAAAGGAACACCACACUAUAAGGAAGAACAAUGUGCCCCAUUAUUAAAUCUAGAGAAGAAGCAAAUUUUGGAUUUGCAAGCAUCUAUAACCAGCUUACAGUCCAUGUUGGAAGAUCUACUUGUUGCUACUGUUGAUGGGCUGCUUCAUCUAAUUCACUGGGAUGGUGUGAUAAAUGGAAGGAAAGCCAUAAACCUCUGUACAGUACCAUUUUCCGUGGAUCUCCAUUCUUCUAGAGGUUCAUUUUUGGGAUUUGAGGAUGUGCACAUCAGAGAUAUGGAAUACUGUGCUACGCUUGAUGGGUUUGCUGUUGUGUUUAGUGAUGGCAGAGUUGGUUUUAUUACACCAAUGUCAAGUGGAUUCACAGCAGAGCAGCUCCAUGGUGUUUGGGCACAGGAUGUUCUGGAUGGAACCUGUGUGGCUGUAAACAACAAAUACCAAUUAAUGGCAUUUGGAUGUGCAAAUGGUUCAGUGCAAGUUUAUACAAUAGAUAAUUCCACUGGGGCCAUGCAGCUGUCUCAUAAACUGGAGCUAACACCCAAGCAGUAUCCUGAUAUUUGGAACAAAACAGGAGCUGUUAGAUUAAUCAAAUGGUCUCCUGAUAGCUGUGUUGUUAUGGUGACCUGGGAAUAUGGCGGACUUUCCUUAUGGAGUGUAUUUGGUGCUCAGCUGAUCUGUACUUUGGGGGGAGAUUUUGCCUAUCGGUCUGAUGGUACCAAAAAGGACCCUCUAAAGAUCAGUUCUAUGAGUUGGGGAUCAGAAGGCUAUCACUUAUGGGUGAUCGAUGCAAGUAAUUCUGGAAACAUAAUGCCAGAGAAAGCAUGCAAAAAUGAAGCCAAGCAGUUUGGCAUUUUGCAGUUCCAGUUCAUCAAGAGUGCACUCACCAUUAACCCUUGCAUAAGCAAUCAGGAACAGGUCCUCCUCCAGGGAGAAGAUCGCUUGUACUUGAACUGUGGUGAUGCAAUACAAAGUCAGAAUCCUAGAAGUUCCACAGCACACUCUGAACAUAAGGUCAUUCGAGAAAGAGGCCAGUUUUCAGAUGGGAACUUAGAUUCUCAGGGUUUAAGCACUUUAUUAGGGCACAGACAUUGGCAUGUUGUACAGAUUCACAGUACCUAUCUAGAGAUCAAUUGGCCUAUACGGUUUUCAGCCAUAGAUAAGUUGGGACAGAAUGUCGCUGUAGUUGGCAAGUUUGGUUUUGCACAUUAUUCUUUACUUUCCAAAAAAUGGAAGUUAUUUGGAAACAUCACCCAGGAACAAACCAUGACUGUGACUGGUGGCUUAGUAUGGUGGAAUGAUUUCAUUGUUACUGCAUGUUAUAAUUUAAGUGACCGCCAAGAAGAGUUAAGAGUAUAUUUGCGAACAGCCAAUCUGGACAACGCAUUUGCUCAUAUCACCAAAGUCCAGGCAGAAACAUUACUGCUCAGUGUUUUUCGGGACAUAAUAAUAUUGUUCAGAGCAGACUGUUCUAUUUGCCUUUACAGUAUUGAAAGAAAAUCUGAUGGUCCAAAUCCGACUGCCAGUAUUCAAGUUCUUCAGGAGGUUUCGAUGUCACGUUAUAUUCCUCAUCCCUUUCUUGUUGUGUCUGUUACUUUGACAUCUGUGAGAACAGAGACUGGCAUCAGCUUGAAAAUGCCACAGCAGGCCUGUGAAGCAGAGAGCAUUAUGUUAAACUUAGCAGGACAGCUAAUUAUGGUGCAAAGGGAUCGAUCUGGGCCACAGAUACGAGAAAAGGACAGUAGUCCCAACCAAAGGAAACUUCUGCCAUUUUGUGCUCCAGUUGUACUUGCCCAAUCUGUUGAAAAUGUUUGGACUACAUGCCGUUCUAACAAACAGAAACGGCACUUAAUGGAGGCCCUGUGGCUCAGCUGUGGUGGAUCAGGCAUGAAAGUUUGGCUUCCUUUGUUUCCCAGGGACCACCGUAAACCACAUUCCUUUCUGUCAAGACGGAUUAUGCUGCCUUUCCACAUUAACAUAUACCCCUUGGCUGUCCUGUUUGAAGAUGCCUUGGUUCUUGGUGCUGUCAAUGACACUGUACUCUAUGACUGCUUAUACGCUCACAGCAGUGCUAUGGAACACAUAGAGGUUCUCUUCCCUUUCUGUAUUGUUGAGAGAACAUCUCAGAUCUACCUCCAUCACAUUCUACGCCAGCUUUUGGUAAAGAACCUAGGUGAACAAGCCUUGCUUUUGGCUCACUCCUGUGCCACGUUGCCGUACUUUCCUCAUGUACUAGAACUGAUGCUUCAUGAAGUGCUGGAAGAAGAAGCUACCUCACGGGAACCCAUUCCUGAUCCUCUCCUUCCCACUGUGGCUAAAUUCAUUACAGAAUUCCCCCUUUUCCUGCAGACAGUUGUUCACUGUGCUAGGAAGACAGAAUAUGCCCUGUGGAAUUACCUUUUUGCUGCUGUUGGAAACCCAAAGGACUUGUUUGAAGAGUGCUUAAUGGCCCAGGACUUAGACACAGCUGCCUCUUACCUUAUUAUCUUACAGAAUAUGGAGGUUCCAGCUGUUAGUAGGCAGCAUGCAACACUGCUAUUCAAUACUGCUUUGGAACAGGGGAAGUGGGAUCUUUGUCGGCAUAUGAUCAGGUUUCUGAAAGCCAUUGGCUCUGGAGAACCGGAGACACCACCUCCUACACCAACAACUCAGGAACCUAGUUCAAGUGGUGGCUUUGAGUUCUUUAGACAUCGCAGCAUUAGUUUGUCCCAGUCUGGAGAUGGUAUCCCAGCGGGCAAGUUCAACUUGCAAAAGACCUUGAGUAUGCCAUCUGGUCCCUCUGGGAAAAGGUGGAGUAAGGACAGUGAUUGUGCUGAGAACAUGUACAUUGACAUGAUGCUCUGGCGACAUGCUCGCCGCCUCCUGGAAGAAAUCAGGCUUAAGGAUCUUGGUUGCUUUGCUGCACAGUUGGGGUUUGAGCUAAUAGGCUGGUUGUGUAAGGAGCGCACCAGAGCUGCCCGUGUAGAAGAUUUUGUAACAGCUCUGAAGAAACUACACCAUGACUUUCUUUGGCCGUUCCCAAUUAUUCCAGUCUGCUCCAUAAAUUCACCUCUCAAGAAUGGAAAGUACAGAACAGUAAUAGGUGAGCAGCUAUUAAAAUCACAGUCAACUGAUAGUUUUUUGAACAUGGAAAUAGAUGCUGGGGGUCCAGGUGUGCCAAGAAGUCACAGUUGGCUUGGCACCAUCAGUUCCUCCCAAAGAGAAAUGGAUGCAGCAUCGUCCCAUGGACCUCACAUGCAGGAGGCAUUUCUCUCACCUUUGUUGAAUAAAGGUGAUGAAUGCAGUAUUGGUUCAGCAACAGACUUGACAGAAACAAGCUCUAUAGUGGAUGGAGACUGGACUAUGGUGGAUGAAAAUUUCUCCACACUAAGUUUAACACAAUCAGAGCUGGAGCAUAUCUCCUUGGAGCUGGCCAGUAAAGGGCCACACAAAUCACAGGUUCAACUGCGGUACUUGCUUCAUAUUUUCAUGGAAGCAGGAUGCCUGGACUGGUGUGCCGUUAUAGGCCUUAUUCUCAGAGAAUCUUCAAUAAUCAACCAAGUGUUUAGCCUGUUGCAAUCUUCAGAGGUUGAUGGAGAGUUGUUGCAGAAUAUCAAGACAGGACUGUACGCAGUUGACAGAUGGGCUUCUACAGACUGUCCUGGCUAUAAGCCAUUUUUAACUGUCAUCAAGCCACAACUCCAGAAGCUGAGUGAGACAGCAGAGGAACAAGUGCAACCAGAAACCUUUCAGCCAAUGAACUUGUCGAGAGUGACAGAGCAAGCCAGCCCAAGGGUUGAAGAAAACAGGAGCUCAGCUAGCCACAGCGCCAGCCCUCAAAGUGAUGCUGGUGGUAGCACCAUGAGUCGACAUGAAGAUGACAUGGCUGGACUGGAGGAGGAAGACCUGCUCCAGGAAGGCAGUUACGACUGCACUGUGUCCUAACGGAGCUAUUGGCAAAUGAUGUUAACAAGAGCACAGCAACAGAGUAAAGGCAUGUACAGAUGUUGUUACAGAAGGACGCAAUUCAAGCCUUCAAACAACACUUAAAGUGUGUUCGAUUUUAUGCUGAAUUUUUUACAUGCAUUGACUAGAAACCCUCUUUGAAUGCAAAUAAUAUUUUCCAUUAAACAGUCUUGCCUGUGUCAUUUCUAAAAAUGGCUCCACGGAAAGCAAGACUCUUAUCGUUUUCAUGUCAAGAUUUAUUUUGAAAAUCUAGUUUAGACUUUGUUCCUUAAAAAUCUUGAUUGGGCAAGACAUCAGUUUUGCAUAUUUGCCCCAGAUCAUUGUUGGCUCCUUUCAGGAUGCAAGAAGAAUGCAACCUAAUCAUGGGAGACAGUUCAAAAUUGAUCACUUCUGCUGGAAAAUAAGGCAGCACUUCUGUAUGUCCAGUAACUUCCAGCUAGCCUGGUUUUUGAACCCAAACCCUUAAAAGUUCAUAAAUUAAGUUUGUUAGAAUGAAAACUGCAUGUUA